CUGUAAGGACCAAAAUUAGUGUUUACACUUAUGUCACAGAUUUUUAUGAUUCUCUGUAUACAAACUACAUAACCAAUAUACUUUACAACUGCAACUUUAGAAAUUGGUUUUUGUCUUUGUUACCAUGGAAAUGGAGUCCAUUUUGUUUUGGGGUUUUUUUUCCAAUGAAAAUUCUAAAAUUUACCCUUAAAACCCCUACUUAUUUCCCCAAAAUGCUGACAUAAAAUGAUGCAGACAAUUAUCACAUAUUAAAGCUGUUCUCUUUACCUUUCUAAAAAUAUAUCACUCAGUUGGCUGACAAUAUUGUAAAUAUGCAUAUUUUUUAUUGGAGAAGGGGGUGUUUCUGACAUCUGAAAGAAAACCAAAUUAUACCAAAAUUGAUUGAAGUAUUUAUAAAAUUUCCAAGAUAGUUUAUAGAUAAUUUUGCCAUAAUCUUAAAGAUAAAACCCCCAUUUAAAAAUACAAAAGAAUCCAGGUAUGUGUUUUUUGAUUUAAGAAAAAAAAUGUGGAUUGAAAUCUAUAAAAAAAUCAACUAUGUCUAUCUGGAUUAUCUCCCCUUAUGAUUCUUCUUCAUUGAAAACAUAAAGGGACAACAGGAAGUUUAAAGUUUUAUGCCAAAAUAUAGUGCAGACGACAUGUAGAAACUUAUUUAAACAUCAAAUAAUAGUGAAAAUAAGAUAUUUGAGCUAGAUACUACACAUACUAUGGAGUGCAGUUUCUUUCCAAAGUUUGUGGAAUGUGAUGAACUCAUUCAACCUCUUCCAAAACACAGUGCAGACCAAAUAUUUAUUAUUUUGUCAGAGAAUGGUUUGAAACCAUCACUAGCACUUUCACAUCAUUAUUCUAUUUGUACCAGCCAUUUAAAUUAUUUUUUGAAAAACAAUUCAAAAUGUGCACGCCGUAGAUUGUGGCAGAUUCCCCGUUUGUUAAGUGCUCAUCCAGAUAUUGACCACACCCAGGAUUCUGGACUACAGUCACUACCACACAGAACAAGCCUUAAGCUAGCCAGUAGAGGAUUAAAGGAAAAGGAUGUUCUUCAUCUGAUUAACCAGAAAGGAACUUCUCUACCAGUCAAUACACCAUGUUGUACUUUGUGUCUGAAGAACAUAAGAAUAUAUGCCAAUGAUGUAGAACUUGAAGAAGUAAAUGAGGUGGAUGAACCAGUUAAAUGUAUGAUCAAUUCAGCAGUUCAGACAGAGUUUGAGUAUACUGAUUACUCAGAAGUUAUUUAUGAGAGAAUGGAAUACGAAAGCGAUAAAUUGAGAUACCUUUUUGUAGCUCCUGCUGUGUUGAUUACGAUUUUGUUAAAACGUCCUGUAUAG